AUGUCUCGCGAAUGUAGGAUUUACGUUGGUAAUCUUCCGUCGAAUGUUCGAAGCAAAGACGUUGAAGAGCUUUUUUCUAAAUAUGGUAAAAUCCUAUUUGUUGAUUUAAAAGAUCGUCGACCACCGUAUUUUGCUUUCGUCGAAUUUGAAGAUCCAAGAGAUGCGGAAGAUGCGGUUCGUGGUCGUGAUGGUUAUGAUUAUGAUGGUUAUCGAUUGCGCGUUGAAUUUCCUCGUGGCGUUGGGCCACGUGGACCAGGCGGAAGGCCAUAUGAUUCAGGAAGAGGAUAUGGAGGUGGGAAUAGCGGAUAUAAUCGAGGCAGAUCUGGACGACGGACAAACUAUCGCGUUAUCAUAACUGGGUUGCCUUCGUCAGGCUCUUGGCAAGAUUUAAAGGAUCAUAUGCGCGAAGCGGGUGAUGUUUGUUAUACGGACGUUUUACGCGAUGGCACUGGCGUUGUUGAAUUUGCUCGCUAUGAAGAUAUGAAAUACGCAUUGAGAAAACUAGACGAUACCAAAUUUAAAUCUCAUGAAGGUGAGACGUCCUAUAUUCGCGUUAGAGAAGAUGAUGGCGGUCGAGGUGGUCGAGGAAGUAGCCGAUCACGAUCACCGAUUGCACGUGCCACCCGUGGUUCUCCACAGUACAGUCCACAAAGUCGUUCUAGGAGUAAAAGUAAAUCGAGAAGCAAAAGUCUGUAA